AUGAUUCGACAAAUACCUUUAUUGCGCAAUGUCGAUCUUUUUGUUCGAAAGGGGGGCCCGGUCGAGCUCUGUGAGACUAUUUCGCAAUAUCAUCCCACUUGUCGAGUUUCCAUCUUCACCACUUGGCCUUCCGAGGGUAAAUUUACCCCAGAAUCGAUCAUUCAGAGGGCCUGGCUUCUCUCAUCAAUGCUAUAUGCCGUGCAUGUUACCUGUCCCGAAUUCCCGCAUUCCAGAAAUUUUAUUGAACAUCCCGAUAGGGUCCUGCAGAGCAUGAUACUACUUGCGCCUCAUAUCAAGGAGCUUGCACUACAAAGGAGUCGGAAUGGUUAUAAACUUUCAGCUUGGCGCUUUAGCGAAGUAGUCAAGGUGGAGGGAACCACCAGUGAAAAGCCACCUGCCAAGCUUAAAACACUAUCCUGGCCUCUUGAUAGCGAAAUUACAGCGGGGCAGUUCGAGGACUGGCAAAUAAUUACUGAUUUUAGUCUACUAGAAUCAUGGACAGUCGGCUGUAUUGGAGACUCGGCGCUGCUUCAGACUAUCGUGGAUAUUCAUCCUUUUCAGCGCUUAACAAGGCUCACACUUGCCUUAUUUCCACCUCUUGGGGACCACGACAGCUUAGAAUUCUGGCAGGCUGCAGAUUCAAUGUUCCAAUCUCUGCCCUCAAUAACAUAUCUUGCUCUCUUUGGCAAGUUUUUAUCGACUUUUUUAGCCAAUUCGGUUCUUCCUCGCCAUGGAUCAACUCUGCACGAGCUGAAAUUACAUGGGUAUACCCAACGGGGUGACCAAGAACUUCAAAGGCUCCAAACAAGAGGACAAAUUGGGCCUAUAUUCUCGACCCAUGAUAUUCUGCAGCUAGCAGACAGGUGUUCAUCUCUGCAGAAGCUUCUUAUAUGUGUACAACGAUACCGGGGCCUCGAGACCGAUAUGUGGACUGCUCUAGGCCGAUUUCCUCGACUGAAGGAACUCAAUCUGCUGCUGAACUGUUUACCUCAAACGGAUGCCAACAGGAUGCCGAUCCCACCCCGUGACUUGUCGGAUUUUGAAAUGAGCACAUUGACUUUUCGUCCGAUUGAUAAUAUUGAAUGUCGCAGAUGGUUUAUUCGGGAUUGCAUGAUAAAUUGCGCAAUUGGCGAGAGUCUAGCGAAGGAAUUCUUCACACGCAUCCACGCAUGUCAGCAUGAAAAAAGCCUGAUGAAGUUGGUUAUUCACCCUCUAAUUGGUCAAUCAAACCAGUACUCUUGUUUCUCUCCAGGAGCAACACGUGCAUUCAUUGGUACUUACUUCUUCAAUGAAUUGGCGUUUAUCUGGAAGGUUGAACGAGACUUUAUGUCCGUGCUGCAUGCGGAGUCCGAAAAGAUCCCCACUAGCUCAAUCUCUAAAGAUCCAUUCCCAGAUGAGAAAUUGGAAAUCUUACAAUCAAUUUGA